GGCUGAGGCUAUUUGUUGCUGCGCCGCCGCCGCCCGAGCCAUGGUCCGCGCUUCUCUCGGGCUCUCUUAGCAGCAGCCGCCACCCUCCGCUCUCUGGCUUUCCUUCCUCCUCCUGAUCCUACUGAGCUACUUACCUCGCGCGAUGACCGUCGUCUCUGUCCCGCAGCGGGAGCCGCUCGUGCUGGGCGGCCGCCUGGCACCCCUAACCUUCUCCGCCCGCGGUUACUUCGGGGCCCUCCCGAUGGUGACCGCGGCCCCGCCGCCGGUACCCCGGAUUCCGGAGGCCCGGGCACUUCCCCCCACUCUCUUCUUCCCCCACUUCCUGGGGGGAGACGGCCCCUGCCUGGCCCCUCAGACUCGCGCUCCAGCACCGCUGCCCAGCUGCAGCCUCCCCACGGCGGGGGGCACCCCUCGGGCGGCGCCAAAAAAGCGGCGCAAGAAGAAGGUCCGGGCCAGCCCGGCGGGGCAGUUGCCCAGCCGCUUCCACCAGUACCAGCAGCACCGGCCGAGCCUGGAGGACGCGCGCAGCCCCGGGACGGGCCGGGUCGGGCCGCAGGAGGUCUCGGGCCAGGCCGCCGCCCCGGGACCCGCGGCCGCAGCGCGAAGUGAGGAAGCGGGCCCUUUCCCUGGCCCGCUGCCGCCCGCGGCGCCCGGCCAGCCCUCGCACCGGAGAGAGGUUUUAAAAUCAAAGAUGGGAAAAUCAGAGAAAAUUGCCAUUCCCCACAGCCAGCUUAUUCAUGGUAUACACUUGUGUGAACAACCAAAGAUAAACAGACAGAAAAACAAAUACAACUUACCACUAACCAAGAUCACCUCUACAAAAAGAAAUGAAAACAACUUUUGGCAAGAUUCUGUGCCAUUUGAUAUAAUUCAGAAGCAGGAAAAAAAGCCUUUUAAAAAUACUGAGAAUGUUAAAAAUCCGUAUUUGAAGAAGUCUGCAUUUGUAACUGAAGUGAGCCAAAAGGAAAAUUACGCUGGAGCAAAGUUUAGUGAUCCACCUUCUCCUAGUGUUCUUCCAAAGCCGCCUAGUCACUGGAUGGGAAGCACUGUUGAAAAUUCCAACCAAAAUAGGGAAUUGAUGGCAGUACACUUAAAAACUCUUCUGAAAGUUCAAACUUAGAUUUCAGUACGUAUGUUUUUCAAAAUCCCUGGACUCUUGAGAAGAAAAUUGAUACAGAAAUGGGAAUUUGCCUUGUAAAUAUACAAGUGCAAAAGAUGAGCUUACAAAAUUACAGCCUGUAUUAUAUUUUAUAUUUUGUAAAUACUGUAUACCAUGUAUUAUGUGUAUAUUGUUCAUACUUGAGAGGUACAUUAUAGUUUUGUUAUGAAAGUAUGUAUUUUGCCCUGCCUUCAAAUGGUAGGUGUUUUGUAUAUACAAUGGAGAAAUUUAAGUGUGCUUAAGGCACAUGGAAGACCAAUUUAUUUGCACAAGGUACUGAGAUUUUUUUUCUCUCAAGAAACAGCUAUUGAACCUCAAGGUGAAGAUCUAAAUGUGAACAGUUUACUGAUGCACUACUGAAAUUUAAGUCUGUGGCACAAUCAUUGUAAACAUGGGAUUUAUGUGUGUUUCUCUAAAUUGAUUUCUGCCUUCAAAUCUGAUUACUGGAAAAUUCCUAUUCCCAUUUUUACCAAACUUAAUUUCUGAUUUUUUGUUUCUGUCCAUUGAACUUUAAAAUGCUUCUCUUCCAACAAAAUUGGUUGUAAUCAAAUUUUAAAAUAAUAAUAAUUUGGCCCCCCCAUUU